UUUACAGGGAGGAAUGCAACUAUAGGUUCAAGAACUGAUUAUUUUUAUUUGUGAGAAUUUAGCUGUGUUGAUUUUACCAUUACAUUCCAACAGUCUACUUUUACCAAUCUUUGCCAUUUUGGGGACAUUUAUUCACAGUCAUGUAUAACUGUAUUAUUGUUGUGCUGAGCAUACUUCAUCUUGCUAUGUCCUUCGAGCCGUUGUUAAUUGAAAUCGAUGAUGAUGAUGAGGAUCUGGACAUAACUGAAAUAAACAAAGGCUUGGACUUAUUUGAAGGCGACAUUAUGGAAGAAAUUAAGACAAAGACAAGAGUCACCAGGAAUGCCAUUUUGAAUACAGAACAGCUGUGGAGCAGUCCUGUUCCUUACGUGUUAGAAGAGAACCUCGGUUACUUCAUGAAUGCUGACACAGCAUCAGGUCAGGUGGGAGACUCAGCCUGGCUGGAGACCAAGAGGAUGAGCCCAACUAGGGAGUGUCAUGUCCAGUGUCUCCAGUUCUACUAUUACCAUAGUGGGAGCCAAUCAGACCAGCUCAACAUCUGGAUCAGAGAGUUCCAGGAUGAGAAGGGCUCCACAGGAAAUCUCCGCCUCAUGGGUCAGAUCACUGGUUCACCAAACUUUGCUUGGCAGUUUUACAAGGUUCCUCUGAAUGCAGCCAAGACUUUCCAGGUUGUGUUUGAGGCGCGUAAAGGGGACGAAGACUCUUCAGGAGGCUUUUCCAUUGAUGACGUCAACCUAUCUGAGUCUGAGUGUCCGCAUAAUGUCUGGGAAAUCAAGGACUUUGAGAAACUUUUGACAACCACUGACUACAACAGUUAUCUGCUAAGCCCUCAAAUGUAUUCUUUAGAAGGUUAUGCCUUCCAGAUGUUAAUUGUUCUGCGAGAAACUUUUUUUGGAAUUUAUUUUCGUUUAGUGUCAGGUGACUAUGAUUCAGCGCUGCAAUGGCCUUGCCGGUGGAGACAGGUGACUUGCAUCAUGCUGGACAAGAACCCUCAAAUUAAGCAACAGAUGUCCAAACAAAUCACCCUAACAACUGAUCCAUCAUCCACUGCAUUUGACAACCCUCGUAAAAUGGGAAGACUAAUUACAAGGAAUGGAGAAUCUACAUAUGUGAACCCAUUCUAUGGCGUGAAAUCAUUUCUCUCCCUGGAGCAAAUUAGGAGCCGAGAUUUCCUGAAGGGGAACACUGCUGUCUUCCUAUUUUCAGUGACAGAUAUUUCCAGUCUGAAACACAAAAGCUCUCUGCCUUGUCCAAAAUUUCCACCAAGAAAAUUUACAACCACCUAUCCAAACAACUACGACAAAGACCCAUGUGGCUCAGGGAAAUAUCAAGAAAUGGAGAUUCUUCCACACCUCAUUCAACAGGACUCUUCAUUCUAAUUUUUUCUGUAAUUCAGCUAACUGCUUUAUGUGAUCACACUUGUUACAUGGAAUCAGUAA